AUGUCUGCAAACCAAGCCGCCUGGCUCAUCAAGGCCGACACCCCCCUCGAGGUCCGUGAGGCUCCCAUGCCGACACCCGGACCCAACGAGAUUGCCGUCCGCAACUUUGCCGUCGCCAUCAACCCGCUCGACACCCACAUGCAAAAAACUGGCAUCUUUGUGCAGCAGUGGCCGGCCAUCUUUGGCUGUGAUGUUGCCGGCGAGGUCUACCAAGUCGGCGCCGAGGCGGGCGGCCGCUUCAAGAAAGGCGACCGGGUGAUUGGCCACACCGUCAACUUGGUGAGCGGCCGUCCCGAGGAUGGCGCGUACGCCCUGCACACGGUCGUUCAGGCUGACAAGGCCGCCAUCCUUCCUGAUGAGAUCCCAUUCACCACCGGUGUCGCCGUGCCGUUUGCUCUGGAAGCCGCCGUGUGCGCCCUGUCCGUCAAGGUGCCCGGUCCCUCGAUGCCCGGCGUCUCCACCCCGGCCCUCGGCCUGCCGUACCCGUCCCUCGACCCCAAGCCCCUCGGCAAGACCCUCGUCAUCUACGGCGGCUCCUCCUCCGUCGGGUCCAUGACCACCCAGAUCGCGACCGCCGCGGGCAUCCGCGUCGUGGCCAUCUGCAGCGCGCACAACUUUGCGCUUGCCAGGGCUGCCGGAGCUGCCUCUGUCUUUGACUACAAGGACCCAGAAUUCGUGGCAAAGGUUAUUGAAGGCAUUCGGGCUCACGGAGAAGAGUUUAUCGGUGUCUUUGACGCCAUCUCCUCCCCGGAAACCUAUGAGAACGGAUUGAAGAUUCUCGAGGCUUUCGGCGGCGGUCACUUGGCCUGUGUUCAUCCUCCUCCGACCGAGGUGCCGGGUAACGUCAAGGCGGGCAUGAUCUUUGCCGUUGACGAUGUGGCCACGCCUGUUUGGCGAGAUUACGUCACCCCGGCUCUGCAGCAGGGUAAGCUGAAGUGCUUGCCUCCUCCGAUUAUAGUUGGAAAGGGCCUGGACAAGGUUAAUGAGGCGCUUCAGAGGUGCGAGGCUGGUGUAAGUGGUGGGAAGUUGGUGGUGGAAAUGUAA